AUGUCCCGCUCUUGUGUUAACGAAUAUGACGUUGAACCUGCCCCCGCGCUCAUGCCUACCGGCGCAUCGACACCAACCAUGCCCUCGAUAUCUGAUGCUCUUGCCAUGUCCAAUUUGCCCACAACUGAGCCGAACGAACCAAGAGUUCCCAACCGUUCAGAGACGCUUUCUCUCACAGACCAAACCAAUCUAGUUCCCUUCAAGAAAGUGAUCACAGUAUUUUCUGGCCUUUCGCUUUGUAUUCUCGUCUCAUGUCUCGACUCCACCAUCGUUGCUACUGCCCUUCCGACAAUAUCUGAUGCAUUCGACGCUGGCGCUAUUGUAUCGUGGGUUCCGUCCGGGUACCUGCUCACCUCUACUGCCUUCCAGCCGCUCUGUGAGCAGAUACGAUGUUCCCUCAAUCCCCGUAGCUGA